AGAUCCACAUUCUCAUUCGCAGCCUCAAAAGUCAAAACACAACCUUAGUGAAUAAAGGCUAGAAAAUUAAUUUAAGGAUAGUCUUGGGAAAUAGUUUUUGGUGGUGGUCUGAGAAGACAAUAAUGGGAACGUUGAGCUUGAAGAUUCAGGUACUCAACCUCUCUCCACGGCUCACUCUUGCGGACGUCACCAACUUCUUCUCUUACUGCGGAACUGUUGACAACAUUCAGAUUUCGCGUAAUAGCAGCACGACUGAAGGUAAAUUAGGAGGUUCGCAGUCUGCUUUAGUAACUUUCAGACAGCCAUAUGCCUUCCAAACUGCUCUUCUCCUUAAUUUUUCAUUGCAGGAUGCUAUAGUUGAUGGUAAACCAAUUUGUGUAUUGCCAGCUGGGGUUUUACCGAUUCCCAUUAUAUCAGAUGAAGAUCAGACGGAGAAGAAAAAGGAAGGGUUUGUCGGGAAACGCCAUAUAGCUUCAAGAGGGGCUGAAAUGUUGAGCAAGAUAGAGAUUGAGUGGGAGGAGAAAAGGAGAGUGGUGGUGGAGCAAACAAUAUCAGGAAUAGGAGCGGCUGAGGAGGCGGCAAAGCGUGUACGUGCACGGCUGUCUGAUGUUGUCGAAAAAGCCUGCAAGUUUGCCUCCCACUUGGGGACUACCGUCACCCACAAAUUUAAUCCCAACUCCACAAAGCAGAAAUGAAUGAUCCUCCCUCCUAUGUUUGCUUCAACUCUGCAUCAUUGCAUUGCAUCUACACUAAUACUAUACGCUUUUCCAUGUCUAGUGUCACUCUCUAAGGGAACACUCUCAACACGCUUCCCCUUCUUAAUAUUACUGAAAUCUGCUUUUUAAGGUGAGUCUACCAGUGUUAAAUCAAUCUAUUUAGGCUGUGUGUAGCUCUCAUUGCUAAAUAAUGAUGAAUA